AUGAAUGCCAAUGCAGUUUUAUAUGAGAAGGGACAGUCCCAUUCAGGUGAAACCCUAUUUUUUGAGGACAUCGACAGUGAAGAAAACAUCUCAGAUCUCACAACCAGCACCAGCUACAGCCUUGGCUACGAAGCUACCACCCAGUUACACGCAUUUACAAGAGAGAAGCGGGCAGACAAAAGGGGACAGCAGAUAAGCAUGGCAUCAGCUGGUCUGCAGUUCUUUGCUUUUAUGCUGGCUUUGUUUGGCGUUUUUGGAGACAUCGCAGCCACCUUGCUACCGAACUGGAAGGUAAAUGCAGAUGUUGGUUCCAACAUCAUAACGGCUAUAACGCAGAUGCAAGGACUGUGGAUGGACUGCACGUGGUACAGCACCGGGAUGUUCAGCUGCACCCUGAAAUACUCCGUUCUGUCUCUCCCCAUCUACAUCCAGACUGCACGAACCACCAUGGUACUGUCUUGCAUCCUAUCAACCUUUGGGAUCUGCAUCACUACAGUUGGAAUGAAAUGCACAAAGUUGGGAGGGGACACCGACAGCAAAAGUCACACUUGUUUUGCUGGAGGAGUCUGCUUCAUUCUCGCAGGAAUUUUUGGAUUAGUACCAACAUCUUGGUACACGAGAGAAAUCAUUUCCAAUUUUCUGGACCGGACCAUUCCAGAGAGCAGUAAACACGAACCAGGAGGAGCGGUUUAUAUAGGAUUCAUUUCAGCAGGGUUUCUGCUUGUUGCAGGUGCGAUUUUCUGUACUUCCUGCUUUAAAAAGCAGCAAGGAGCAUGGAUUUAUCCUCCAAAGCAGCAGCAUCUCCCACCCACAUUGCAGGAGAGCAAUACAGGUUACAACCUGAAGGACUACGUGUAA